AUGUCAGUGACGCCUGAGAAAAGCCAGGCCGAUGAGAAGACGGCGAGUAAGCCAUCUUCAGACUCUGAGAUCAGUGAUGAUGCUAUCGGAGUCGCUACACACUCGGUCAGCUGGAUCACAUACCAGGUCAUCUUUACAGCUGCACUUGGUGGCUUCCUCUAUGGCUUCAGUGCUAAUGCUAUUGCUGGAACCCUUGCCCAAACAUCCUUCAUUGCCAAGUUCUUGACCACUCCUGAUGCUGCUCAACGCACUGAUGGACUCCUUGGAGGAUUUCUGGCCGGUGCCAUGGUUGGCUCUGUCGGUCAAGCUCCCAUCUCGAAGCACUACGGUCGUCGUUUCUGCAACGCUGCAGCCGCCGCCAUCGUUAUCAUCUCAGGAGCUCUUCAAGCUGGAGCAGUCAACAUUGCCAUGUUGUUGACCUUCCGUGUCAUUUGCGGUAUCGGCGCUGGUAUGGUGUUUGCCAAUUCACCAGUAUAUAUGUCCGAGGUGGCACCUCCUCAUGCCCGUGGAGCCCUAGUCGGCAUGCAGGGUGUCGGUGUCGUCUCUGCGUACAUCACUUGCGCUGUGUUCAACCUGGCCUUUAGCUUUGUGCAUUCAGCAAUACAAUGGCGCCUCAUUUUUAUUGUCUUGACAGGAAUCGCUGUCAUUCAUUUCGGCUCCCUAUACUUCCUCCCUGAGUCUCCUCGUUGGCUCAUGGAGCAAGGCCGUGAUGAAGAGGCUAGGGAAGUUUUGGUCAAACUUCACAAGACCAAAACUGACCCCAAGGGCCUACUGGCUCACGCUGAGGCUGUUCAGAUCAAGGCUCAGGUCGAGACUGAGAAGGAACUACCUUCAGGAUUCUGGUAUAUCUUCACUACCAAGCAUCUGUUGAAGAGAGCGUACUGUUCCAUCCUUCUCUGGGUUAUGGCUCAGGGUACUGGUAUUACCGCCAUUGCCAACCUCAUUCCCGUCCUGAUGGGUGGUCUGGGCUUUGUCGUUGGUGGAUUCGGCUCGGCUGCCAUUCUUAGUGUCAUGGCCGCCCUGCAAAAGUUUUACUUGGGAUCUGAUGAUGCUCCUGGACUUAAUGCCGCUGUUACUAUCUAUUUUCUCUUUGGAGUUUUCUUCACAGCGACCAUCGAGUGCACUGCAUAUGCCUACGGAUCCGAAAUCUGGCCUACCUAUUUGCGCAGUGAAGGCUCAACGCUUGCUUUUGCAUCUUUCUUCGGUAACGCAAUUGCUUACAGCGCUCCUGUCACUGUUGGCUUGAACAACAUCGGCUGGAAGUUUUACAUGAUUUUUGUUGCUAUCACCAUGGCCAGCACGAUUGCCAUCUGGUUCACGUUUCCUGAGACCCAGAACCUGCCCCUGGAAGAGAUCAACACGUUAUUCGGCGAAAAGGUCGAGAUUGAUCUCAAGUCGGCGGUGGUGGCAGAGUUUGAGCAUAACAAGACUGGUAGCAUUGAUCUUGCGAGCCUUGGAAAAUUGCCACCUCCUUAG